AGUGUCCACCAAAUUCCUCAGCGCUCUCUCACACUCCUCUGCGGCCAGGACUCCGGGGGUGGGGACACAGAGCCGGGUUCCUCCCCGCAGAAGCCCUCUCGGUUCCUUCUCACAGCUCUGCGAAGGGGAAAAGGAGUGUAAGACUCAACCAGCCCCCCGACUCCCGCUCCCAGCACGAGGUCGCCGCUCCGCCCUCCACCCCCGGGGGCCCACUGGUUUGGGGCUCGCGCUCGCUCGCUCUCUGUCCCUCUCCUUCCCUCUCUCUCUCUCUCUCUCUCUGAUCCUCUCCCCCAAACAUGUCCACCGGCUCCCUCAGCGAUGUGGAGGACCUCCAAGAGGUGGAGAUGCUGGACUGCGACGGGCUGAAAAUGGACUCGGGCAAGGAGUUUGUGACUUCCAACGAGAGCACCGAGGAGAGCUCCAACUGCGAGGCGGGGUCGCCCCAGAAGGGCCGCGGAGGCCUGGGCAAGAGGAGGAAGGCGCCCACCAAGAAGAGCCCCUUGGGCGGCGUCAGCCAGGAGGGGAAGCAGGUCCAGCGCAACGCGGCCAACGCGCGCGAGAGGGCCCGGAUGCGGGUGCUGAGCAAGGCCUUCUCCAGGCUCAAGACCACCUUGCCCUGGGUGCCCCCGGACACCAAGCUCUCCAAGCUGGACACGCUCAGGCUGGCGUCCAGCUACAUCGCGCAUUUGAGGCAGAUCCUGGCGAACGACAAGUACGAGAACGGUUACAUUCACCCGGUCAACCUGACGUGGCCCUUUAUGGUGGCCGGGAAACCCGAGAGUGACCUGAAAGAAGUGGUGACCGCGAGCCGCUUAUGUGGAACCACAGCAUCCUGACCUUGGAGGUGCGAGUCUGGGAAAGGCGCGCUCCCGGGGGGAGCGGGCCCGAGUCUGGGAAAGGCGCGCUCCCGGGGCGGGGUGGGGGGAGCGGGCCCCGGGAAGGCGACCCCUGCCCUCCCUGCUCUCUGUCUCUGCUUCCCCCUCGCGACGCUCCUCUCCCUGCCCCCUCCCCCCCACCUCGAGAACACUUUACAGCGACGAGGAGAUUCGUUUCCAAACCAGAGGAGAUCAAUUGUACUUACAAAGAUUCCCAUCUAUUUAACUUUAUUAACUUCUACCGUGAAUGACUCUGCGAGCCUUGCUGGUCCAAGUGCCAUACGUAAUUAUAAAUAUAUAAAUAGAUAAUAAGAGCAUAUCGACGUGUAUCUUUUGUACAAUAUGUUGUAAAUUGUAGAUCAUAGAAUAGCUGACUUUGACAGUCACAUUUAUAAAGUAAUUCACGUAAAGAUAUAUAUUUUUUUCAAACAGGUUUUGCUACUUUCAAAAAUAAAUCUUUCUUUAUAUUGCUAAAAA